AACGCAAAAAGAAGCGGUGCUUUUGUUGGCCGUGCAACAAGCUGCGAUCAGUGGAGCUAAUAGGAAGAGGUGAGCUGAGGGAAAAGCCUGGAAGCAAUAAAGAUCGCUCGGGAGAUGUGAGGGUGUGAGAUGGAGAGGCAGGACCAAAGAAAGAGAGAGAGAGGGAGAGGAGGAGGAGACAGCGCCGUGUGUGCAGACUGAGUCGGAGGUGAAAGAGACUGCUGGGAGGCGACUCGCUGAGCGCUGUGAUCAACACAGAGACGAGUAGAGGAAACGAAGGGAAAGUGACAGAGUGCACUGAUUGACACGCCCGACGUGGCCAAAGCAAAGGACAAGCUUGGCAACUUUUUUCUUCUUUUUUGAUUAAUGUUUAAUCUGCUAAUGUCUUCUGAUUUAUUGUGGAGCUGAGUGGAUCGCGCUACAAGGGGGGUUAAUUAGUUUUCCCAGCUUGUCACUUCAAAGCCUUUUGUCUUGCACAUCUUUGAAAAUGAUGUAAAGAGGUGCAAUCACUCUGUUUAUGUUCACUGGGGAUUGUAGCCUCUCUGUUGUUGGAUGCUCGGAUUUUGCUUCAGACUUUGAUUCUUUAUUUACCACCUUGGCUCAUUUUCAAUCUGCAUGAGUCAUGGGCCACUGACUUUGAGUGGCUGGGCUGGAUAAGCUUCCGACAGGCGUUAUUAAUGAACUAUGAUACUUCAUGUAUGUACAUCUCCCACUGACAAUGUGGGGAACUAGAUAAGGACAGACUGCUCUCUUUAGAAUAUGUUCUCCAAGAAUCGUUUCAAUGGACAACAUGGAGCAGGUGUUUCCCCUAAAGGAGGCGCAAAGUCAAAAGUUCACCCACCUAAGAAGAGGGCUCCAAACCCCAGGGUAGCACUAGUUAUUCGGGGAAAAAUACAUCGUUUAUUGCAAGGAUCUGCAGACCACCAUGUCCCAGAUUCCCACCUCUAUUAUGCCGGUAUUGAGGAAGACGAGGCGAGAGAAACACAUGAGAGCAGAAAGGAGCGCAGGAGCAUAUACCCAAAGGUUAGCCCAAGGGCUGAAGCAUAUUCCCCCACAGUUUCAAACACUAAAACGCAUGGUGUAGCAUCUGGGCCACCAUGUGUAGGAGAGGUGGAACUGAACAGAGAGGGGUGUAUAAGAAUACCCUGCACUUUGCAGCAUAAAAGCUGUAGAUCACCAGCAAAUAUUAAACGAAUCUCCUUUGAAGAAGGACUUCGGGAUGCUCCGGAGCAAUUACGGCCACCCCUACACUAUGCUCCAGUCGGUCCAGACGUGAAUGGCAAGAAGUUUGUAUCAACAGCAGGAAGGAAUUUUCCCUCACCCCGUAUUCGGCCAAAGAGACCCUAUUCUACUGGUGACUGUGUUGACUACAAUUUUAACAGACCUCUCCCUGGUACUCUGCUAGAAGAGGAUGAAGAUAAAGAGGAGGAGUCAAGUGCCAUCAUCGAGCACAUUCUAAAAGAGCUGAGGGGGAUCAACAAGAUCCAGGAGGAAAUCUCCGACCUCAGGGAUUACCUGACCUCAGUUCGAGGGUCAGUUGAGGAAGUAUCGUCGUGUGUAGAUGCUGUUCUGUUGGAGAUUGAGGGCAUUCGUUCUAGCAACAAGCCUGGAGCCCAUGCAGGCACUUGGUCAGGGGUAGGGUGCAAAGAUGGCCCAUCCUGCCGCAGAAGGCCUGCAAGUGCUUAUGGCAGUUUAGGUAGUGCAGUGCCAAAGUCAGAGUCAAAUUGUUUCCCUCAAGUAUGCAAUGAGCACCAUAGCAGACAUAGAGAAUUACUGCUAUCCCAGCCAGAAGACUCAACAGUUUCCCCAAUCGCUGAAUCAGUGGAUCAUCGGGAUCUAGAGGAACCAGAGGAUACCUCUGAGCAUAGCUCUGAUAUCCCAGUAGGCGCUAUAGCAAGAAAACUCAGCUUUGGCUACCUUGACAGGCAGGAUGGUCAAGACUGCCUAAGCACCAGCUCUUUGUCUUCUGGUCAUAGUUCCAAAUCUGAAUCAGACAUAGAAAGACCAUCAUCUAGUCAUGGAAGAAAGCAAGAGAGAACUCGUGAUGGGGAGGAACAUUGGACUAAUGCUGUACCAACACACAGUGGACCUAUGGAAUCCGUGUGGCAUAGGGAAACAGCUUACAUAAGGGAGCAUGAAGGUGUGAGCCCUCUUUGCUGUGAAGGAGCUGGAAGCUGGGAGCAAUACAGUGGUGCGACAGGAUAUGGUACAUCUGGGCAGUGUUCUAAUGCAAGCUCAGAACAUCUCUCUAUACACUCUGGAAAGCAUUACAACUCACCCGCCAGCAGUUCUAGCAGAGAGGAAUGGCAGCCGCGAAGGAGGCGGCCUCAGAACCAGUCUGGGAUUCAUGGAUCGGCAGAUCCCAAUGGUGAAAACUCCACUGUAGCAUAUGAAUGUGCUGCUGAUUUGUCCUACCCUCAAAGUUCUGGUUACCAUUCAGUCGAUGGGCAUGAUGCUGAAGCAGAGGAAUCAGACUUUAGGCAUUCAGCUGAUCUGAGCUUUACAACAACUUGUCAAGUUGAAACGUAUUUAGCAUAUGACGAGUCUACAGCAAUGACUUGGACUGAGGCAUCCUGCGCGACUGACGCCAGUAACCAAAGCUUAGGAAAUCAAUUCUCUCACCCUGGCAAUGCAGAUCCCCAAGCUGGAGGUUUCAAUGUCAAACGCAUAGGUAGAGCAGUACUUGAUUUUAGCUCUGCCUUGCGGGGUGCGUUGCGCAAACUUGAAGCACCUGGAGCUGUGAAUCCUGAAGAAGAAACAGACUUUGAAAUAUCAAUGCCUUCUGAUCUGCCUACAACUCAGUUGCCUUCAAAACCUUUUUGCUAUGAGACACAAUUGGUUCAAACAUCUGAUAUAACCCAAAAAGGUGAUGUGGUUGGUGGGGAUGAUAUUGCUUUUAGGGAAAGCAUAACCAGCACUGUAGAUACAUUAGAUACUUUCUAUGUGGAGCCUAUGCUUAAAGAAGCCAUCAACAGCCUUACAUUGGAGUCUACAGAAACUUACCAACACCCUUUUUCUGACAUUGUCCCACCGUGUCCUGAGGAACUCCCAGUCUGCCCUGACGUGAUUUGCAGUAGUGCUGCAAAACUGCCUCAACCUGAUGGCCUUACAGAAGAACAUGCAGAAACUCUUGCAGAUAUGAGCAUUAAAGAAGCUCAGCUUUCGCAGUGUACCACUGCAGAUUCAUUGUCGGCCUCUGUUUUUGCUGACGAACCUGCAGCCGUGGAAGAGCAAGGGCAAACUGAUGUCCCACUACCACAACAAACUAGCAUGGACACUGCUAUAGCUUCAGAGGACAACCCAGAAGGAGAGCCAUCCACAGAGAUCAGCCAGAUGGAUGAGCGCAGGCUAAAGUGUCUGAGGAGCUUUCAGCAGAUUCUUCGUGAGAAGAGAGAGACCAGGCGCAGCCUUGCCAGUGUGACUAUGUCCACCUUCUCUCAAGAGUUUGAGCAAGAUGGAAGUCAAGAUGGAGAUCAGAGCCGAGAUCAAGAUGGUGACCUCAGCAAGCACCCGUGGGCCAAGCCAGGGGGGAACACACCGUUUGGCAUUGACAGCAUGCCAGAUCUCCGCAAGAGAAGGCCCAUUCCCCUCGUUAGUGAGCUGGCUAUGUCUAUGCUACAGUCCAGGAAAGCUGGACUCGCCCACACACUGGCCACACGGACCUCCCUGAAAGACGAAGAGCUUAAAAACCACGUAUACAAGAAGACCCUGCAGGCUCUCAUCUACCCCAUUUCCUGCACCACACCGCACAAUUUUGAGGUGUGGACCGCCACCACGCCCACUUACUGCUACGAGUGCGAGGGUCUGCUGUGGGGCAUCGCCCGGCAGGGAAUGCGCUGUGCAGAGUGUGGGGUCAAAGUGCAUGAGAAAUGCCAAGAGCUGCUAAACGCUGACUGCCUGCAAAGAGCGGCCGAGAAGAGCUCCAAGACCGGGGCAGAGGACCGGACGCAGCACAUCAUCAUGGCCAUGAAAGACCGGAUGAAAAUCCGCGAGAGGAACAAGCCAGAGAUCUUUGAGGAGAUCCGUAAAGUGUUCAACGUCUCCAAGAUGGUCCACACCCAGAACAUGAAGAGCAUUAAGCAGAGUGUGCUGGAUGGCACUUCCAAGUGGUCAGCCAAGAUCACCAUCAAUGUCGUCAGUGCCCAGGGUCUCCAGGCCAAGGACAGGACAGGUUCCAGCGAUCCUUAUGUGACCAUCCAAGUGGGUAAAACCAAGAAGAGAACAAAGACAAUCUACGGCAACCUGAACCCAGUCUGGGAGGAAAAGUUCAGCUUCGAGUGCCACAACUCAUCAGAUCGGAUCAAGCUCCGGGUUUGGGACGAGGACGAUGACAUCAAGUCGCGAGUGAAGCAGCGUCUGAAGAGGGAGUCGGACGACUUCCUGGGACAGAGCAUCAUUGAGGUCCGAACGCUCAGUGGAGAGAUGGACGUGUGGUAUAACCUGGAAAAGAGGACAGACAAGUCGGCGGUGUCUGGUGCCAUCCGUCUUCAGAUUAGUGUGGAGAUUGAGGGCGAGGAGAAGGUGGCGCCCUACCACGUGCAGUACAUGUGCCUUCAUGAGAAUAUGUUUCACUUUACGACGGAUGUCGAGGGUGGUGGCGUGGUGAAGAUCCCAGCUGCUCAGGGAGACGACGCGUGGAAGGUUUACUUUGAUGAAGUGCAACAGGAAGUUGUGGAUGAGUUUGCGAUGCGUUACGGCAUUGAGUCCAUCUUCCAGGCCAUGACCCAAUUCUCUUGCCUGUCCUCUAAGUACAUGCUGUCAGGGGUGCCGGCAGUGAUGAGCACCCUGCUGGCCAACAUCAAUGCCUUCUACGCCCACCCCACCGCCUCCACCAAUGUCUCUGCUCCAGCCAGAUUUGCAGCCUCCAACUUCGGGAAAGACCGUUUUGUGAAGCUCCUGGAUCAGCUGCACAACUCCCUGCGUAUCGAUCUCUCCAUGUACAGAAAUAAUUUCCCAGCCAGCAGCAAGGCUCGCCUCAGUGACCUCAAAUCUACUGUGGAUCUUCUCACCAGCAUCACUUUCUUCAGGAUGAAGGUCUUGGAACUGCAGAGUCCUCCCCGUGCAGCCAACGUGGUGCGGGAUUGCGUCAAGGCCUGCCUGAACUCCACCUACGAGUAUAUCUUUAACAACUGUCUGGAGCUUUUCAACCGCCAGUUUCAACCCGCUGUCCAAGCACCUGAGCCAGACAAGAAAAAGAAGAAGAAGAAGGAAAAAGCAGAGGGUCAGGAAGCUGAAGAUGAUGAUGAAGAGGAGGAGGAUGAAGAAGAAGAGGAGGAAGAGGAGGAGAAGAAAGAGGAGAGUCAACCGGAAGAGCAGGGCCCAAGCAUCCAGAAUCUGGACUUUUGGCCUAAACUCAUCACACUCAUUGUGUCCAUCAUUGAGGAGGAUAAGAACUCGUACACACCCAUCAUUAACCAGUUUCCUCAAGAGCUCAAUGUGGGUAAAGUCAGCGCAGAGGUCAUGUGGAUGCUCUUCGCUCAGGACAUGAAAUAUGCCCUAGAGGAACAUGAGAAGCAUAAGCUCUGUAAGACUGCUGACUACAUGAACCUGCACUUUAAGGUCAAGUGGCUGUACAACGAGUACGUUCAGGACCUGCCUGCCUUCAAAGACGCUGUGCCAGAAUACCCUGCAUGGUUUCUCCAGUUUGUCCUUGCCUGGCUCGCUGAGAACGAGGAGGUAUCCAUGGAGUUUAUGCAUGGAGCGCUGGAGAGAGACAAGAGAGAAGGGUUCCAACAGACAUCUGAGCAUGCUCUGUUCUCCAGCUCGGUGGUGGACAUCUUCACUCAGCUCAAUCAGAGCUUUGAGAUUAUCAAGAAACUGGACUGCCCUGACCCCACGGUGGUGGCGCAUUAUAACAGACGCUUUGCCAAGACGAUCACCAAAGUGCUCCUGCAGUACUCUGCUCUGCUGGCCAAGAGCUUUCCCUCCUACUGUGAGAAGGAGAAGAUACCGUGCGUGCUGAUGAACAACAUCCAGCAGAUGAGAGUCCUUUUGGAGAAGAUGUUUGAGUCGAUGGGAGCAAAACAGCUGGAUACUGAGGCGGCUGACAUCCUGAACGAUCUGCAGGUGAAGCUCAGCACCGUCCUGGACAAUUUCAGCACCAUGUUUGCUAAGAGUUUCCAGACUCGCAUUAACGGCUGCAUGCGUCAGAUGGCUGAGAUUCUCUACCAGAUGAAAGGCCCCCCCAACCACAGCACCGCUGAGGCAGACGCUGACACCAUGCUGAGGCCCCUCAUGGAGUUUCUGGAUGGGAAUCUCAGUAUCUUUGCUGACAUCUGUGAGAAGACGGUGCUGAAGAGGAUUUUAAAGGAUCUGUGGAAGAUCGUCCUGAGCAGCCUGGAGAAGACCAUCGUGCUGCCUCAGAGCAAUGACAGCUUGGGAGCUCAGCUCCUCACAGCAGCUAAAGGACUUUCUAACCUCAAGGGAGGAGGUGAAGCCAAAACCCUGACGCCCAAGCAAUGCAUAAUUAUUGAUGCAAGCCUUGAGUCAAUCAAGCAAUAUUUCCACGCUGGAGGAAAUGGGCUGAAGAAGGCAUUCGUCGAGAAAAGUCCUGAACUGGCAUCGCUGCGUUACGCCCUCUCCCUCUACUCCCAGAGCACCGAUGCUCUCAUCAAGACCUUUGUCACCACACAGCACUCCCAAGUGCAUGAUGGGAUGGGCAUCAGAAUCACCGCCAAUGAGAAGAUCAGACCUGAUAGGGGUUCGGGGGUAGAUAAGCCGAUCGGAGAGGCCUUGCUGCAGAUCGACAUGCUGCUCGGCAAAGACCGCAAGGUCAACGUCAAAGUCAUUGCGGUGAACGACAUGAAGUGGCAGACGUCUGGGAUGUUUCGGCCUUUCGUCGACGUCUCCAUGGUCGGUCCAUUCCUGGCUGACAAGAAGCGCAAGUUCACCACAAAAUCCAAGAACAACAGCUGGACGGCCAAGUUCAACGAGGCUUUCCAGUUCAUCCUGGGUAAAGAAUCCCCAGACUGCUACGAGCUGCAGGUGACGGUGAAGGAUUACUGUUUCGGACGGGCGGACCGGGUGGUCGGCAUGGCCGUCGUUCAGCUGCGCGAUGUGGCCGACCGCAAGAGCUGCGUGUGCUGGUGUCCUCUCGGGCCACGCAUUCACACCGAUGAGACGGGCAUGACGGUGAUGCGUAUCCUCUCCCAGCGUCCUGCUGACGAGGUGGCCAAAGAGUUUGUCAAGCUGAAAUCGGAAACUCGUCCCGCGGAGGAAGGCAGAUGAGCUGAAACGGGCUUUACUGAAAGCGAGGUUUAGAAGUGUGGCUUUGACUUUGUUUUCUGUGAGCAGCGCUUCACCUUCAUCCUUAACGCAGACCCUUCUGACUGAUGAUGUACAACGAGUUUGUCAUAGUUGGAAUAAGAAAAAUGGAUUCGUUUAAAAGGGCAAAUUUUGAGGAAGAGAUCGUCUCUCAAAAUGUAUAAAAAGUAUUUUUCAUAGCACCAGUUUACGAUACCAGUCCUAUCAAUGGAUUGUAUAUCAGACGAUGAUUUUAGAGAGAAUCACCGAUCCAACCAACCCUACGAGAAAGCUCUUAGCAACGACAGAGACAAAAACCUCUUUUAACAGGAAGAAACUUCUGAAAACAGGUUCUCAGGAACGGCAGCCAUCUGCUGUGAUCGUUUCAGGUGAGGGGAAGCUCAGCAUAGCGUCUAUCCAGCUAACUUUGCUUUUUUUUGUGGUGUCAUUUCAUAAUUUUAUAUUUUAACCUUCUUUAGUGAGUUAAUCUGGAUAAAAUCCUUCUGACUUUCAAAUACCACUGAGAUACUUGACCGCGCGACACAUUUUAAAACUAGACCUAAACAGUAACCUCUGAUUGAAGUUUAGCAGCAGGACGACAACUCAAACACUCUGACUCUGUUUUUCUCAUGACUCCAGGGGCCCCUGCAGACCCUCAGUGAGGCCAACACCACUGUAGGCCUAAGUCUUUGCUCACCCUCCUCUAUAAACUUUGUCUAAUUGUGUUUGAGGUUGUAGUCCUUGCUGGUGAAUCGACUGUCUAUUGACUGAGAUUACACGAGCGUGACCCCAUAUUCUUCUUAUAAUGUUUGAGCCUUUGAGGCCUUUAAACUCUUUACAGAUACCUUGUGUGACUCUGGAACAACCUCUGGAUCCAAAAACUAAUGUCAUGAAAAAGUGAACAAAUGUUUAAUUUGGCAGGAUUUGUUGCAGAAAGCUGAAACAUUUAAGACUGAUCCACAAUUUAGUCAACAGACGGAGUUAUAACUGUAACACACAUAUGUUAAUUAACACAACUUAAGAAAGGACCAGUUAUCACACAGUAGUCGGGAAAUGCAUUAUCCAGAGAGUGAGUGUCACACAUUUGCAGCCAAAUUUAACAGUGUGAAAUAUUGUGAUACAGUGUCAGAUCCUGAUGAUUUGCAGGUAAUCAAACAGGAAAUGUCUCAGAGGUGUUUUUCCCUUUGAUGUUAGCUUCAGACUGAUCUAUAAAACCUGCAGGAGCGCUAAUACGGGCUGUGGUUUGAUUUUGUAGCAAGUUUUUAUGGAUUGCGUUGCCUUAAAAUAAGCAGAUGAGUUAGCUAACGAAGCUAGCCUGCUCUGAGAGACUUGAAAUAUGACAACACUGACUUGUAAAUUUAAAAAAAAAAGAUUUUAUUCAGAAGCAAAAAAUCAUGACUUAAGAAUCUGACUGACUGCUGGGCCGUCGGGUGUUUCAGGUUUUGGUUUAAUGCUAAUUUGUGAUGGUGACAAAAUGCUGUGAAUGGAAACAACAGCUGAAAAACCCUUGUAAGUGUUACAUAGCGUGAACUCGAAUAUGGGACCAAACAUGGACCUCGGAUCAUUCCAUUUUGUUUACUUUAACAGUUUUUACAAACUAGGACAGAUAAAAUCAGCCGCUGCAGCCUCGCCGUGCAUGCACCGUCACAUGUUUGACCGUUUUCAUGUUUCCAAACACAGGGUGGCAUUUUGCAUUAACGUAAAACUUUGAAGGAAAAUACAGGCAGAGCAUAGGGGCCGGUUUGAACGGACUGAACUGUAAGUGGGUUUUUUUUCCACCCUCUUGUCUGUUUACUAUGUGCCAAGGAACUCAAGUGUUCAGCGAGCCUCAUUCAGCUUUCUCACAUGUUUCGGGUUGUAUUUGACAGAUGUGGCCUUUGCAGACAUCCCACUUUUUACUUUUCCAAAACUGGCUGCACGAAAGCAACUUUAGAAGUGAGCCACAUCUGUAGUCACACCCGAACUCUUGCACUCUGUUUCACUGUAAGUUUGUAAGAAAUGAAACCAAUGCCUACAUCCAGAGCAUGUAUUUAUUGUAAACAGUCAACUAGAAUUGUGAUUUCUUUCCCCCCAUGUAUGUACUGUGAAAUAUGAAGACUGUAUGUAAAGUACUUAUCAUUAUUCUAAUGUGACAUAUGUUGAAUAUACUUGUAACAUUAUUUUGUACAUAAAAUAUUUAUGAAUCAA